AUGGCUGGAAGACCGAGUAUGAAUGCGAGGGAUUCCUCUGGCAGGAACGUCUCUCUUCUCAACGACGAGCCGUCAUCCCAAAAUGCUCAACGAAAUACUCUCCCUUAUCGAAACCUAUCGAGCCAACACGAGCAUUCGAGUAUGAUCAGAUCACAUUCAUCUACAUCUGAGCUCAGCGACCCGGUGUCUCCCAGCACACCAGGCCUUGUCCGAGCGGACUCAUUCGACUCCCAGAACACCCAGGACCCCCGUUCUCCAAUCACCCCAGUCUUUCUGAACGAUCUCAGGAACACCUCAUACACGAGUGCUGGCUAUAAGGACCAGGCACACUUUGACUACCGCGACAGAAAUACUGGUUUUGAGGAAUGCUCUUCGACCGGUCAGUAUCAACUCUUCCGGCCUUCAUACGUGGAUAAUCGAUCGUCCCCCUUCGCCGAGUCACAGAUGUACGAUGAGGAACCGUAUCAAAACGGCGGCAACUCUGAGCGGGGCCAAAAGAGAUAUCCGUGCCGAUUUCGAGAGAACAUGGGCUGUGAAAAGACUUUCACCACCUCUGGACACGCAUCACGUCACUCAAAAAUCCACACAGCUGAGAAAGGCGUUUCUUGCUCCUGGCCGGGUUGCCAAAAGAAGUUCACUCGCGCAGAUAACAUGAAGCAACAUUUGGAGACGCACACCAAAGACCGACCCCGCUCAACUCCAGCGCAGAAAUCAACAUUGAAAUCAACCCUCACCGUCCAUUCCGGCGUCAAAAAGCCAAGUGCAGUGCUCAGCCGGUCAAGUUGUUCCCCCAGCCGAAAUGCCAUCGCUACGGAGGUUGCUCCUUUGCUGGUGGACCCUGCACUUUACGCCCAUUCGACUAGCCCCGGCUCUCCUUAUGGUGCGCCCAUCAGCAGUUUCCAGGGUCGACUAAUGGCUGCUCGCGGCGAGAACUCACCGAGCGGCCUGGACGCCUUGGCGAUGGCUGCCGACUAUCAGACAAAGUCUUAA